UCCGUAAUGACUUCGCGCCAUCCUAUCAGUUAUGUUUGUUUACUGUUUAGUUUUAUUUUUUAUUUAAUCAAACAUAACCGUAUUCACCUGUCAGUAUUGUUUUUCAUAACAAAAUAAUCUAUAAGUGCAUUAUUUUCAUGUAGUUUCUCAAGUAUUUCUACGACUAUAAAAUACAUUUCCACAAGGAAUAGCACCAAUAUUGUAUACAAAAUGAAAGGUAUGAAUGGACAUAUCAUAGCUGGAACAUCAAUCUGUGUAGAUUAUUGGUUGUGGACCCCUGAUCAGAAGUAUCUUCACUUUCUAAGCCAUUUACACGCAGACCACACCGUCAACUUGAAGUCAACAUUUACUGGAUACAUUUACACCUCGCCAUUCAACGGUUGGCUUGUCAAAAGAUGGUUCAAGAUCAAGCCAGAACUGGUGGUCAGUUUGUCGGUGGGAGCUUCACACGUUUUGUACGAAGAGAGCUCACAGUCACACUUCAGCGUUACGCUGCUCGACGCGAACCACUGCCCUGGCUCCGUCAUGUUUCUGUUCCAAGGAAAAUUUGGCAACAUUUUUUACACUGGUGACUUCCGGUACAAUCCCGAUGUCCUUGAACAUCCAAUAUUGAAAUCAGUUAUCGACAACGAAUGUGUCAAUAGACUCUACUUAGACAAUACAUUUGCUGCAGAACAUUGUAAAUUUCCACCACGAGAGAAAGUCCUCCAGGAUAUCAUCAGUCUGAUCAGGAGGUAUCCAGAACACCAUGUCGUGAUUGGAGUUAGAAAGUUGGGCAAGGAAGAAGUGCUGCGUGCAAUAGCUUUGGCCUUGAAGGAGAAGGUUCUUGUUUCCAAGGAGAGAUUGAAAAUUCUGUGUUACCUCCAGUAUGAAGAUGUAUUCACCACAAAUCCAGAAGAGUCCAGAAUUCAUGUGAAGGAAAUGCACCAGAUCAACAGCUUAUAUUUACGCAGGCUGCAAGAAGAGAAGGGUCCUGUGUUGACAGUUUUGUUGACAGCACUGUACAGCGUGGUGCCACCUGGCUUCAAGUGUACGCUUAAGUUGAAGGAUGCAGUAAGCGGUGUUCACCACCUACCCUACAGUGACCACAGCUGCCACACCGAACUCGUUGAGUUUGUCUCCAAAAUAAAGCCACACACAAUCUACCCGAUAGUUAAAAUGGAGGUUACAGAUUGUGCAAAACGUGAGGACCAGGACUUGAGCGAUAAUUCCGAUGUACUCCUUCAGAAAUGUACUUGGAACAAUUCUGUCAUUCCUCGAAGUAUACUGGAUCUGUCCAAAGAACCGAUGGAUACAAAUGAAUUUUCAAGUGAGAUUCCAGACUUGGCAGUUGAAAACUUGCCUUUCAACAGUAUCCAGAAUCAACGUAUUGUAGAUGACUCUUGGUCAGAUAGCCAGUCACCGGUAUUGGUGCCUCGACAAGCAGAAGGUUUUGUUUUGCAAAGAAAAUGUAAUCAGUUGACGUCUGACAGUUCAAGUUCCGCGGGAAGAGGACUGAACGAGUCAGGUGAUCCUUCAACCUGCCAAACGUCAAAACAUCUUGAAGAUGAGUACGCUCCAAUUUCUGAUGAAGAAUUAACUCAAAUGGAUCCUGUUCCUUGUACAGCAUUUGGACAAUCAGAUAAUGAUCUAAGGAAAAAUAGUGACACUGACAUGGUUGACUCUGAUAGCAUUAUUAAUCAAAAGAAAUUGGAAAUGCCACCUUUGCCAAUGUGCCGCGAUAAAUCUUCUUCUGUUCGGUCUAAAACCCAACUUGAUUUACAAAACCCCAAUGACUCAGAGAAAAGUCAAUAUUUCUCAUGUCCUACUUCCAUUCCACCAGAGAUGAAGGAUAACAAAUCAAUACUGAGUCAAACUUGUAUUCAGACGCCAAACUCUGAAAGUAUACAGAGAGAUCUUGAUGGUGACGUAAUAAACAGAAUCAAUUUAGAUCAAAAUGGAUUCCGUAAAGACAUUCAAGUUGAAACUUCUCUGUCUCAACUUGUGAGCUAUCAAAACUUCAAGUCCUCAUUAAACCCCAAACUCAACUGUGGCCAAGUUUCAAGCACCCCUUACGAACCUCAAAACAGUGUAACUGUUCAGUCGCCUGUUUUGACUUCUAAGUUUUUGAAAAAUAACGUAACUUUAGAGAAAAAUUUAAAUCAUCAGAGUAAAACCAAAGUCGUUGCGACAAACUCUGAAAAUCAUUCAUCAUUAGUGAUGAAUCUUAGUGGAAGCGAUUCUGAAUCUGAAUCAAAUCGUGCACACGAUAAAUCUUAUAAAAAUCCUGUAAAGGAAAAUAGAUUUCAUUUUAAAAAUCUUAGAAAAAACAUAGACAUAAGUAAAAAAUUCGGUGCUCUGUUAGGGAACAUAUGUAAGUGUGAUUCUGAUUCCGACUGCUUCUGUAAGGCUGUAGCCAAUCAAAGGAUACCGUCUCCUUCAUCUGAGGACUCUUCAGUUAGCCUGGAAGACAAUCCCUCAACACAUUGUGCACAAUUAUACACUAAACGCCGUGUUGUUAACAAAGCUAUCCAUUUCAUUAAAGUCCCGGGUGAUAAUUUUUAUUCUGAUAUAAAUAAAAAUAAUAUAUACAGCCGAUGGAAACGGUCUGCACUUAAAUCUCAAACUAGGGAUAAAAAUAUUUGGAGGGAAUAUAAUUGGCAAAAGAUUUUUGCUGAUAAAAAAUUUAGUUGAUUUUCUGUUACAUACAUGAUAAAAUAUAAUUGUUACAGAUGUAAUUAAGAGAUUUUAAAUCCUAUAAAAGACUGAUGUUUGGAUUACAGUUAACUGCUUAUUACUAAUUACAUAGUCUAACAAGCUGAUGUGCUUUUUCUCAACCUUUGACCUAUAAUCCCAUCCCUGUUAAACUAGAAGAUGGAUUUUAACAAAAUCAAUAAGCUUGAUUACGAGGAUCGUUUGGAGAGUAAGUUGCCUAGGUACCGAUCACCGAAUGGUAGGAGGUAGCAGUGUCAGUGAAGGUUGCUACCAUACCAAGCACUCUAUACUAAUUUUCAAAAUGGCUGUCACAAUCAACUCUCCUGCAGGCUUUGAAGUUCGUAGUAGUAUCAUUAGAUUCCUUUUGUGGAAAAAAAUGACAACCGUUUGAAGUCUAUCUGAAUCAUGUUCUUUUUAUGGAGAUGAUAUUAAAAGCAAUUAGAAAUAAUAUCAAUAGUUUUGUGAAGCAGGAACUAGUCUUCACGAUGGAAAAACUAAACCACCGGUGAUUACUGACCUUCACAAACAAAUCAAUCAUAAGAUUAAGGAAACUCAAAAGGUUCAUGAUCCCCACAUCUUUCUCAGCAUGUUUUGCAGGUAUCAAGAAUUAUAGUGUAUGAAAGUGACUGAGAAACUAGGAUAUCGUAAAUUUUGUGCCCGAUGGUACCCAAACUCUGGAUUGAUGAAGUGAAAACAUGAGAAUUUGGAAAUCUUAAAGUUUCUUAUUGGUACCACGAAGAAGGUGAAUUUUAGUCACGGGCAAUGAAGCAUAGGUUGUUUAUGUCAAUGUCGAACGAAAAACACAAUAAAGGGUCACUGCUAAAAUCACCGUCAGCAACAUUUCAUCACAUGCAGAGGGGGCAGAAUUUCAUUUAAUAUGUAUAAAAAAACACGUGUACUUAGAUACAAUAAGAGCUUACAUGUAAAUGCUAACUAUGUUGAAAAGUAAUUUAAGAGUUCUUCACUCAAAUGUGUAUAAUAAAGAAAGUUGUAAAAUUUA